UGAUGAUCCGCUCUUCUCUGAUCCCUCUUUUGCCACUUCCUUGGAAAUGCAGGAGAUGAAGCUAGAUCGAGUUAUAGAGAGGUUAUCUUGAACUCUAUGGGGCCCUUGUUGCUCUUUCUCCACUUUUGAUUUUUGAAGAAUUUUUGAUUCCUUCGGUUUGAUGAUUAUUGAGAAACUAGUUGCCCUGCUCAAUCUCAUUAUUGGAUUUGGAUACACCGUCAAUUACAUACGUCUAGUUAUCAGUAAACCGCUCCCUCUUCUACUCUAAGAAGAACCAACUAUAAGUCUAUAAAUGACUCAAAAGAUGGCGCCUCCAAAGAAAAACUCGUCUGGUGCUACUGCGAAAGUCGCACCUAAGGAGUCGACGGCUAUGGAUUCUGUUCUUGCCGUGGUACGAAUGAUACUCUCCGUUAUCGGUAGCAUUCUCCAUCGAAUUGUGUCUUAUGAAUGCUCUUGAUUCGGAUUCUUAACCACAAAAACAAAUGACAACGUGUACGUGCGUGUUGUUUCUUACACUUGAUAUCAUAAUAUGCCUUUGCUCUCUCUCAGGAAUGAUCUUUCCAUCACCUUCUAUAUUUCCAGUUUCUUUCUUUAAGUAUCUAUCAAUUCUUUCGCUUCCCUCACUCCUUGCUUCCUUACCUUUGCUUCUGUACCUGUGCUUCCUUACCUUUGCUUCCUUACCUUUGCUUCCAUUUCUAACUUCCCUACCAUUCCCGCCAACGUCCCUUUACGGUGGCAGGACUAGCGGAUACUGCGGAACUCCAUGAGAAAAUUCCGCGCAAGGAUAUGCCUAUCAAAGAACCAGACUGGGACAAGAGUGAGAUCGGCAUUUGGACCCCAAAACGUGGCUACAAAUUGUUCACACGGACGUUUAAGUUAGGGAGCAGGUGUCUACUAUUAAUAAAAAGAGACCCACUCGAAAACGCGAGGCACGUAGAUUUUGUCUGAACUGCUCUGGGAGUACAAAAUCUAGAUAGUAGGGAGAAUACGUCAAUUACCAUUUCUGAGUCAUUUCAUUUUUUUGGUUUUUACCACCUCUAAUCCAAGCCCAAGCCAUUCCACCAAAAGAGGAGGCUUCGGGAUCAACCAGCAAAGGUAACAAGGGGAACAAAAAUGCCAUCGUCUUUUACCAUCAUGGGAUCGGUGGAUGCGUCAGUGAGGCGUACAAGAACGUCAGCGGCCACGUACUGGGACCAUGGUCUCUUUUUAUGAAAAUCAAUAGACGUCUAGCACGAGAUGACUAUUCGAAAACUCAAAAUAACCGAGUUACUGACUGAAAUAAGGGAGGCACUAGCUUAUAACAUCAAGGCUACCCUUCCUUCUCUACAGUAUCUCGGUUAUUCUCGUCUGUUACUCGCUUAUUUUAGUUUUUCGAGUACAUUCACAAUGACCACUGCCACGUCCAAGAAAUGGGGACCUGGGAGAAAGAAGAAGAAGUAGUUGUAACCUGACUAAAUGUACGUAUAAUUCUUCUAAUGCCCGUCACGAUUUGAGUCUUGACGGUUUUGAUGUAUACGGUUACGAUGCUGUGGCGCAUGGUUACAGCGGUGGCUAUAUCGCAGAGGAAGAGGGGUGCAAACACUACCUACCCUCACCAACCGAUGUUAUCGACGAUUUCGAAGACUACAUUGAUUAUGGUGGGCACAUAAGCAUGAUUAAUGUACUUGAGAAUACUCGGAGAAGCAGUACUACUAGAAGUUUAUCAGAAGCAGAAGUACAAGUUCGUCUUGGUAGUUGAGGGUCAUCAAGAACGAGAGUUUCUGGUCAAGUACUCCUAUGAAGAUCGGGAAGUGCUAUACUAUUAGGAACAAGUACACAGUCUCUCCACUUCUAAUCCCCCCACAUUCUGAACAUCAAGGGCAAAGACACGCCGUUUUUCUUGUUUGGUGAGUCAUGGGGUGGACAAGUGUCGUUGCUAACGGGGUUACGACUUCAGGAGAAGAAGAAGAAUUUUCUCGGAAUCAUCUUUCAAGCACCAGCGAUUCAUGCCUAUAUUCCACCCGCGCCGGUCGUUUGGGUGUUUACACACCUUCUGGCUCCGCUGUUCCCGACUUGGAUUUCCAGAUUGAUGCCGAUAAACAUUAAGAGCGAGUACGGAAAGUUAAUACCCAUCAUAGAAAUACUGUCAGACCACGUCUCUACGGUCAUCGUGAACGAUGGCAACAGGGACAACAGCACGCAGACCACUUCUAAUUCCCCAGAGUAUUCUCUUCUCACCGAUGAUCCUGUAGUGGAGAUGAAUAUCACGGAUCCGAAGCAUUGCUACAAUGCAAACGGCUGCCCCUUUCGGAUGCGCACAGCAGCGACCCUUUUGGAGCAAAACAUACAAGUGAGAGUUAUGGUCGUGGAUAAAUUUACAGUUUGAGUCUAGUUUCCACUCUGGGGAGCCCAUCUCUGCGCAGGAUCAUGGUCAAUUAGGUCUUGGACUACAAUCCACAUCUUCAUCGUGAUCUUCCUAGUUGUACAGCUCCUCACUCUUUCCUCUCGUUGUCUUCUAACUUCAAAAACCUUAGGAACGUGAAGUUUCCGUUUCUUUGCGUUCAGUCAAGUGGAGAUCGGGUCUGCUUUCCUUCCGGUGGCGUCGCUUUGGUUAAGAGUCUAGAUGAAAUUCAGAAUUUUUUACAGUUCUUUUUUGAGGAGUGUAGUUGCUGGCACUAUAAUCUGUUGGUAUUGCUAUUGUUUGGUUGAUAGCAGGUCUUCUUUUUUUUAUCAGAGAGUAUUGCUGAUAGACAACUUGAAUUCGUCGUCCUUCACAUGAUAUUCAGAUGACCUCCUGGAAAGCUAUAGCUAAAAGCGAAAGUGGUCUUUGAUAAUCUAUCAACUCAGUCAAGUACAAGUAGAACUCACCCUGCAGCUACAAUUACUACCUCUAAUCUGGUAAACGAGUCCCAGACCGAUGCGAAGGACAAGAAAUUGGUGACUAUCGAGAACUGUAACGUUCAUAUGUUCACCUUUAGUACCAAAUCGUACUGGAAAAUGAUUGCGAACAUGGGACCGUGGUUGGAUCAAAGACUCACGAUGCAUCUUGCUGCGGCUGGGAACUAGUUGACGAUGCAUCUUGCUGCGGGUGGGAAGUAGAGGGAGAUGUGGUCCUGCAGGUGGGAAAUAAAAUGUAGUUGAAGAUGUGUCGUUGGAAGUGGGAAAUGGGUGUUGGUGUGGUGUGUGGAAAAGUAUUCUGGAGGGUUGAAGACUUGUUCCAAGUACAAGGAAGCGCGUGGUGUAGUACCUUCUGUGGGAAGAGGAAGGACAGGGACUAUAAACCUGCUACAGGACUACACGUGAGUGUGCUGUUAGAAUUUAAGAAAAGUGCUCGAUGAGGUUAACACUACAGAAUUCGAUUUCUUGAUUCUUAGUCCUAUUAUGUAUGAGAAUACUCAAACUCAUCAGUAAGCGCUCUGAAACUGAAGACCAGAUAAAAUACUUCUAUUGAGAGAGGGGUUGAUCUUCUACUUGUUCUAUGUAUGAGCAGUUCAUCCCAUGUUGCCGACGCACUGAAAAUCGAACGUAGUGCUAGUUGUUGUAGUUAGAUGUCAACACAUUGGAAUCUUAAUCUUUAUUUUUAUUUUGCCACCUCCCUGCUUGCGACAAGAAUUUAUAGACCACGACGACCCAGCAGGUGAAGCAAAUGAAAUAGCACCGCAUGAUGUUGAGCAGCUGUGUCCCGGCUUGAUUCUUGUUUGCUUGCCGCUCUCCCUCCCAACUUGAGAAAUCGACUCUUUACAAGGUCUUGAUGUUGUUCAACGCUAAUCCUCUUUGCGUUGGAGGUCUUGAAGAUGACCAUCGUCAAGCUGGCAUGUGCCUGAUCGACGGGAGGUCAGUUGCUCGCUUCUGCUGGGUCAUAAACAUGAUAUCUAUGUAUUAUACAGAACGAAGAUCAUGGUGGAAAUGACAUCGUCCAACGAAACGUUGAUCUCUUGGAAAAAACAAAGACGAUCUUCUUGACGAAGUCUGAACAGCUAU